UAGAAUCUCGGAAUAAGCGUCCGGGAAAACUACUUACGAAAUGUAAAAUUUUAUGUAAAAAGCAUUUUACUGUGCUGCAUAGGCGACUAACUUGUCUUGUUAACUAAGUUUAACACCCCAAUUCUAUGAAAACAGGCUUGGAAAUCUAGCACACACCUUGACUAUCACACUAUAUUAUUUUAGCACUAGUGAUCUUAUAAAAAACAUGAGUUAUUUCUAGAAAUCUCUAUUAAAUUUACCUCAAGCACCUCAAGUUCUGAGAUUCACAGAAUGAUGAAUUUCAUCAUCAUUGCUUGGGGCAGCUGUGUCAAAACAAAAAUGUAAACAAAUAUGGCGGAAGAUUUGGAAAAUAUAAGCGUUGGUCAUUUUCGCUCGUUAGACCUGCCAAAAAAUCUUGCGCUGAGGGUAAAGUUACGGAAAGUUACAGCUGCAAGUGCCAUUCCUGUUGCAAGUGUUUCAAGGCUCGGUUCUACGGCGGAUAACUUGAGAAGUGUCGAGGAUGUUGGACAAGAAGCUAUAGAAAUGGGUCGUAUGAGCAGACCCGGUCAGAGCUCGAAUUCUGCGGAUCAGGAGGAAAUUGUCGUAAAAUGGCAAGAAAAACUUUUUAGUCAGCGGGAAGAAGAGUUUUAUGCCAACCGUCAAAAUUGUUAUUCUGUCCUACAAGAACAGUACCAUAAUAAUGUAACAAAUUUAAGGAAGAAAAAUGGUUACCGUAAUCACAAGAUAUUCACCUAUGUUGAUAAUGAUGAUUAUGCAAACACGGAAGAGAUUUGUAAAACUAUGACAACAAACCCCAAUGAAUUACCACAUUAUUUAACAAACAACAUGGCUCAUGUACGAAGACGGAACAUUGACAGAAGAUCAGCCAGGAAUCGAAUGGGUCACCAUGGUCCAAGGACUAAUAUUGUUACAGAUGAUCAAAGAGAACUUGCGAAAAGAAACAAUCAUGUGAUAUCAACACCCUUCAAAAUGAUGUACAUUAUGGCAGAUUUGAGCGUGGAUGGCAGAAUUGGGACUCUGGAUGACGAGUAUAUCCUUUGCUCUAUCAAGACUGAUGGCACUGGUCAAAUCACGAUUAAACCUGACCUCAAUACAAGUAAAUCUCCCUACAGGAUACAGACUUCAGGCGAUCUAAAAGAGGUUUAUGAAUAUACGAUAGAACAUGCUUCUCAAGAAAUGACGCGGGAUGAAAAAGAACAAGAAAUCAAAAGCUAUGAUGAGCUUUACAACAGACAUGCAAUGUAUUUGGCGAGUCAAGUCGGAACCGAAUUUCAACCUCUGCCACAAGCAGGAGUUCUUAACACGUCGAUAUUUGGUGAAAUUGUUUCAGCUGAAAAUUUUGAAUACGAUGGUUUAUACGUUCACUUUUUCAUCGAGCUUCCUCAGCAUUGGUCAUCGCAAGGUUCCCCUCAUCUUUCUGGCGUCACACAAACAUGUUUCGUCAAGUCAACUGAGAAGAGCGAUGUCGCACAUUUUUCAUAUCCAUUUGAGUUCCACGUCAGCUAUCAACCUCCUGAAAAUGAUGAUGAGGAUUUCAUUCGUUGGCCAACAUUAUUUUUGGAAGUGCUCUCUGUUGACCAAUGGGAGAGAUUCAGAACGGAGGGUUAUGGGUAUAUUACGUUACCAAAUAAAGCUGGCACUCAUGACAUCACCGUCAACACGUGGCGGCCGACCGGGAAUGGCCUGGUACCAAAAAUGCGACGUUUCUUCAUUGGCGGAUCCCCGGAACUGGAAGACGUCACUUACGUUAAACAACCAGCGGGAAGCGACGAUCAAAGAGUUCUGAGCAAGUUUGGCUUCAGAACAGCGACAUCAGGAAGUGUUAAAGUGAAGCUCAACAUUAUACAACAAUAUCAAGGGUUUAUGGAUAACCGGAAAACUAAGAAGAAAGUUCGCACAAUGUUACAUGGAAUACGUGGAUUUGGUGUGAUGGAGUCUCUGGCACAAGUUUUAGAUGCCUUCCAAAGAGCAAGGAAACGCAUGCAAACAGCCCGGGAGACGCUUCCAUCAGUUAGGUAGCGCUCGGUAUACGUAAAAUUCCGUGUCACGACGUACAGCGAACGUCUGUUUCCGAGACGGAUACGAUCCUCACCUUGCAACAAACUUCGAUGGAUUGAAAGCUAUGACAGACCUUAUGACAUACACUAUACGCAAAGUUUCGCCAAAAACCUGGUUUAACCAGCUUUUGAAAACAAUAUUUAAUAUCUAACUAUAUUUACUU